CUUGUCAUACAGCGGCAUUGGUUGUCGGUGAGACCCUGGCUCACACAGGUUUAGAGACGGCACAGUUCAACAGUAAGCUGCCAGUGCGAGGAUGGAGAUAUCUGUGAGUUUUAUGCUGUUACUGCUGCUCGGCGCGAUCGUCCCAAGUGAAAAUGUUGAAAGCCAGCAGCCUUUUCCUCAAGACAUCUACACUGCACUGAAAGAGAUGACCGCUUCGUUGGUUCAACUGAAGGCUGACAUCACGCUGUUGCAAAGAGAGACUCAAGGUCAAGCACAGUUGAAGACUGAAGUGAAAAAGCUGAAGCAAGAACAGCUAGAAACUGUCUCUGACUUUUCAGAACAAGCAGCACAGCUGAACACUAUUGUGGACAAGCUGAAUCAACAACAAAAAGUCGAACAGGUUGCAUUCUCAGCCUCUCUUCUGGCUGGAGGUAAAUCAGCAACUAUUGGACCAUUUUCCACGUACACUACCCUGAUCUUCAAACACGUUGUCACCAACAUUGGAAAUGCCUACAACCCAACCACAGGAGUGUUCACUGCCCCGUUGAGAGGAGCGUACAACUUUGAGUGGACGAUCGGUACAAAUGGAGACGGCAGCCAUCCUUCAGGUGCUAGCUUGUUCAAGAACUCAGAGAAUGUUUUCAUUGCAUACGAGCAACAGGCGAGCGGUUUUAUGAGUGCUUCUAAAGGCGUUACGCUGUUGCUGGAGGUGGGAGAUGUCGUGUCUGUGCGACUGUGGUCUGGCACUUUGGCGUUUGACAAUGCAAAUCACCACACCACCUUCAGUGGACAUCUGCUGUUCCCCAUGUAAGGCAGAAACAGCAGCUCUGUGAUAGUCACACAGGUUUUUUUUAAACAAGUCUUCAUAGCACUUCAUAGAUUUAAACUGAUUUCAUCUGCA